AUGGCAGCAUCACCGCCCCAAGUGAAUCACGAAUGGUCGAGCGCUCAAGAGAUUUCACUCUCUUUGGAUGUUGUAGCGGCUGCAAGAACUCACCUGGAGUUUCUAUCGGUGGUACACGCAAAUUACAGGCUUUUCGAGGAGCCUACUUUAAACAGAGCGAUUGAGAGCUUUCCAGACGAACCGUAUGAACUCGAAGAGAAAAUCUCUUUGACGAGACCAUUGUACUCCGGAAGAUCGAGUGGCAUCUCCUACAACUUGGCUGAUGCGGUUCUCAGGCAGCAAAAGUUUUACUAUCAGGUUUCCGGGCCGCACUACGUUGACAAGAACUUCUUACACGCUGCGGCUGCUCGAUACAAGGCCUUUCUCCAUCUCGUCGCCCGACACACAUCUGCAGCAUCGGUGUUCUUAGUUCCCACUUACGACAUUGAUUUGAUAUGGCACACGCAUCAACUUCAUCCUGUGAGUUACAGAAGCGACCUCACACGGUUAUUUGGAAGGAUCUUCGAACAUGAUGAUACAGACAGUAACAGAGAUCCCGGAGGAAAAUUGGACAAAGGAUUCGCAAAAACUCUGUCUCUGUGGGAAUCUUUAUAUGAUUUGCCAUACGAGAAGGCAGGGUGCAUGUAUAGAGGGGAGCCGCCAGCAGCGAUUUCGGGAACGAUUGCUUAUGAUCCCACCAAGCUCGCGAGUCUCUCUUGCAGAAACAAGGUUUCACUGAAAGCCAGGAACACUAUCCAGGUUCGUCUCUCCGUGCGAGGUUCCAAAGGUUUGCCGCAGGAUGGCAUGGUCUCUUUCGUUUUCAGCAUGUUAAAGAAAACAGGUUUUGAGCUCCAUAGCCAAAAUCGCAUAGGCUCAUCGCCGAGGAAUAUAGUUUCGUCCAUGACACCCGAGCUAUCCACCGAGGGGCUGGUGAUCACAGCUUGGAAGAAGGGAAUGUUCACGUCCAAAACGCUGGGACGACUCGUCAUUCCGUGGAAAAACCUCAGCGAUUCCGAGAUGCAGUCGCUUGGCGGCUGGUUUCCCAUGCAAGACACAAAGAAGGACCGAGAAGUGUUGGUGCUGGUUUACAUCUCCGCUACUCCUCCGGUCACUGCGAAUUAUCUCUUGAGAAGCGUGAGAGUGGGAGACACUGGAGAAGAUGGAGUCACUCGCAGCAGUUUUAGUUCUCAAGGCGUGUGGAUAACAAGGACUGUCUUCGAUCAUGCCAACAAGGAAUGUUUCGUCAUUCGUUGCUGGUGGUCUCUUCUGGACGAUGCCAUUGUUUUAGUCGUGGAAAAGGACGCGAGUGACAAGCAGUGGAACAUGAGACCAGGAAUGAGCUUGAAUGUGGAGUUUAAGUCCGAGGACUACCAAAUGGAAGCAUGCUUUGUGACAAUGGUGAGAUUCACAAGCGACGCACCUCAAGGGAAAGCAACAGCGCUCAUCAACUGGCGCUCCGGUGGCAUGGAGAUUGAUCCCAACGAGGAUGUGCUACUUGUGCUCCUUUUUUCCGCAACCAUAAGCAUGUCCGUGUCUGAUAUGCUUGGCAAAGGAAUUCCUCCGUGGGCA